UUUCGAUUGGAUGGGUCUGAGUACAACAUUCAGACAUGGCGGAAGGAACGGUGGACCAGGUUAAUGAUGGAGAGCAAGAAGAAGCAUAUUUUUACCGAGAAAGGAGUAAAUGUACACCAGAAGAGGAGACAAGGCUCGAAAGGCAACACUUUUGGAAAGUGAUCGAUGCGUUUAGAUACUACAGGAUAAAUGUUCAAGAGCGGGUGAAUCGAGCAGAGCGUCAGUUCCAGAGUCUUCCGGAGCAUCACCAGCUGCUGCUGCCCGGGGUCUUGCCCAACCUGGCCCGUAUCCGCCGCAGUGUGGACCACAACCAGGAGGUGCUGCAGGCUAUCGUGCUCAACUGUAUCCACAUGUUUGAGAACAUGGAGUAUGGUGAAGAGGAUGACCUGAGGAAGGUGGGUACGUCUUCCACGUUCGACAUGGACAAGCUCAAGUCCACCAUUAAGCAGUUUGUGCGUGACUGGAGCGAGGCCGGCCAGGCUGAGAGAGACUCCUGCUACCUGCCCCUCAUCCAAGAGAUCCAGAGACUCUUUCCCAGCAACAAGUGUGAUGUGUCCAAGGUGAGCGUGCUGGUUCCGGGGGCAGGGCUUGGUCGCCUGGCAUGGGAAAUUGCUCGUCUGGGUUAUGCCUGCCAAGGCAACGAAUGGAGCUUCUUCAUGCUCUUCUCCUCAAACUUCGUCCUCAACAGGUGUGAAAAGGUCAACUCCAUGACCCUGUACCCCUGGAUCCACCAGUUCAGCAACAACAAGAGGUCAUCUGACCAGACGCGGCCAAUCAGCUUCCCAGACGUCAACCCCCAGAGCCUGCCUCCAAACUCGGACUUCUCCAUGGUGGCUGGGGACUUCCAGGAGGUCUACACAGAGCCUAACACCUGGGACUGCGUGGCUACCUGCUUCUUCAUCGACACGGCGCACAAUGUCAUCGACUACGUGGAGACCAUCUGGAACAUUCUGAAGCCUGGAGGCGUGUGGAUCAAUCUUGGCCCACUGCUGUACCACUUUGAGAACAUGGCCAACGAGCUCUCCAUCGAGCUAAGCUACGAGGACGUCAGGGCAGCAAUUUUAAAAUAUGGAUUCCAUUUGGAGGUGGAGAGAGAGUCUGUCCCCACCACCUACACGGAGAACGAUCAGUCCAUGCUGAAGUACCUGUACGACUGUGUUUUCUUUGUGGCAAGGAAACCUGACCAUCUGUAUGCCAACGGUUACCAGGUGGUCCAUAAGAACAGACCGGAAGUGUCGCAACGACGAGAGAGCUGCGACAGUCUGACGUGACAUGUCAUGACAUUACAGAGCAACAACCGGAAAAAAAACGCAAUUGGCCACCACCAAGAGCAUUAAAAAAAUUGUAAGAUGACAGAAACACAAGUCAAUGGACAGGUUUGCUUUCAUGUUUCUUCUUCUUUAUAUUGUCUCAUCGCCAGAGCUGCCAAAUCACCUUCCUUCCUCCCCUGAGCCUUUUGAGAUUGAGACAGAUGCCUAUUAUGAACUCAAGUGACUACAUCUGUCAGCACAGGACUGUUUGUCUUCAGUUAAAGAGGCAAAGUGACGUUUCUAUCUCCAUGGUGACCUGAUGUAGUUGCAUGCGUGUCAGAGACCCGCCUCUACGUCUUCCCAUUGUAUUUAUUUUGUAAAAUACAGUUAC